AUCGCAUGCUAGUUUAUAUCGUGUCUAUGCAUCGCUUUUGUUUGUAAGUGGAUUGUGAAGUUUAACAGAAUUUAAUAUCAAAAAGAUGAACAUCGUCAAACAUAACUUUCUACCCUUGAUUGUUGUGACAACGACGCUGAUAUCCGUUUCUCACAGUAAAACGUCUGCAAAGCCUGUGAACACAACGUUCCUAUUGAACGGCUCUGACAGUAUCAGCUCUCAGGACUGGAACCAGGAGCCGAGCAUUGUUGCCCAGAUGAUUAAGACGAUUGAUUUCAGAAAGAGUGUUUGUAACAGGAGUCUUACUGAUACUGAAGUUGACUUCUAUCCUUAUCCCGGGAACUGCACAAAGUUUGUUCAGUGCUGGAGACAAGGGGUAAAAUUGUACUCGUGUCCAUUCGGACAAUUUUGGGACGCUGUCGCAAUCACAUGCAGACCUUCGUCCCUUGUGCAGUGCACUGCAGAUCCAUGCAAGCAAUCACGGCCUAAAUCUACUUUCGGUAUGAAAGAGUAUGGUUGUCGAGCCUAUUGGAAGUGUGUAGACGGUUCCAGUGUUGGACAUUGCUGUCCGAAUGGUAGUGCCUAUGUGGACGGGAGGGAAUGUCUAGAAAAUGUCGAGUGUACCGAGAAGUGUCCACCUAGCAAAGAAAUUGCAGUCAGAUCAAAAUGUGACAAGAAGCCUCACUUGGAUAAACGUUAUUAUAUUGAGCUUGUAUAUGGACGUGGAGAAAUAGUCCGUCCAUGUCCUGCAGGAACUAUUUUCUUCAAAGAAAAGUGUACAUGUGAUAUCGGUCUGUCCGGGCUUCUACCUAAAACCCGUGAUGAAAGACUGUGUAAAAAGCCAGCCGAUAUCGUUUUCGUUGUUGAUGGCUCGGAUAGUAUAAACAAUGCAGAUUUUGUGAGAUUGAAGAAUUUUGUAGCCAACCUUAUUGACAACUUUGAGAUUGGUACUGACGCAAUCAACGUUGGUAUUAUUGUUUACAGUACACUCGUUGGAGAAAAGGUCGGCCUUUAUCCACCAAAGAACAAGUUCAUAUUGAAAGCCUUAGCUAACAACUUGGAGCAUCCGAAAUUCGGUACAGAUACAGCAGCCGGUAUACAAGCUGCGCGUGAAAUGAUCAGUCAGCAGGGUAGACCAGACGCUCCUCAAAUGAUCGUUGUCAUCACAGAUGGCCGGUCGACCAAUCCGUGAAACACUAUAGUUCAGGCCAGCGUCGCUAAAGCUCAAGGAAUUGAAAUUGUUGCUGUGGGUGUUGGACAGGAUAUCUUCUCAGAGGAACUGAAUAAAAUCGCUAGCAGUCCGAAAUAUGUGUCAGUGCAUGCGGAUUUCAGAGCUCUAGAAAACUCUGUUAAUGCUUUUGCGGAUCUGGUCUGUACUUGUAAGUUUGUUCUUUUUAAAAUCAUUUUUACAAAAUGUUUAAAUGAACAACUCAGAGGUUAAUUUGCAACAGUCUAUCAUAAAAAUCAUGGAAAAAUAGAGGUUUGAAAGUAGUUAUUACACGAAAAAAUGGAAAAAGCAGCAAUGAAAGACGCCAAUAGGUACAAACACUCGUUUCGGCCUAUUCUGAGCGUCGGGUAUUCUGUACACCUUGUAAAGAAUCGUACAUGCCAAACACGACCAGGCGACUACAAUUUUUACACUAUACAGGCGAAAAAAAUGUUAUCUCGCAUUGAUUGAAUUCAGGUAAGCUUAUUUAAUGACUAGUCGACCUUAAAUUAACU